CUGCGGCUGCUCAGAAAGCCAAGGAAGGGCAGUCGGUCUACAGCCCGCCUCCCGCCGCGGAGCUGCAGGCUGAAGCCCGGGCUUGUGCAGCCAGGGGUGCAGGAGGGAGGGUAGGGGCAAGCCCAGAAACUCGGGAACACAACGCUGUGCCGCAUUGUGCCCACCCCUCGUCUCCCGACACGAAGGCUGCUCAAGCCCAGGGUGUUUUUUUCCUUUUCACUGCCACCUCCCAGUCCCUGGCCCAACAUGAUACUGACUAAAGCCCAAUACGACGAGAUAGCCCAGUGCCUAGUGUCUGUGCCGCCUACCAGGCAGAGCCUGAGGAAGCUGAAGCAGAGGUUCCCCAGUCAAUCGCAGGCCACUCUGCUGAGCAUCUUCUCCCAGGAGUACCAGAAACAUAUUAAGAGAACACAUGCCAAACAUCAUACUUCGGAAGCGAUUGAAAGUUAUUACCAGAGGUAUCUGAAUGGAGUGGGGAAAAAUGGAGCUGCCCCAGUACUCCUGGAGCUAGCCAAUGAGGUGGACUACGCACCCUCGUUAAUGGCUCGGAUUAUACUGGAAAGGUUUCUACAGGAGCACGAGGAAGCUCCACCCUCCAAGUCUGUUAUAAAUAGUAUGCUACGGGACCCUUCUCAGAUUCCAGAUGGAGUUCUAGCAAAUCAGGUCUAUCAGUGCAUCGUGAACGACUGCUGUUAUGGACCACUGGUGGACUGCAUCAAACAUGCCAUUGGUCAUGAGCAUGAAGUUCUGCUCAGGGACUUGCUUCUGGAGAAAAACCUGUCCUUCCUAGAUGAAGAUCAGCUCCGUGCAAAAGGUUAUGACAAAACACCAGACUUUAUUUUACAAGUACCCGUCGCUGUAGAAGGGCACAUAAUUCACUGGAUUGAAAGCAAAGCCUCAUUUGGUGAUGAAUGUAGCCACCACGCCUACCUGCAUGACCAGUUCUGGAGCUACUGGAAUAGGUUUGGGCCAGGCUUAGUCAUCUACUGGUACGGAUUUAUCCAGGAGCUAGACUGUAACCGGGAAAGGGGCAUCCUGCUCCAAGCCUGUUUCCCCACCAACAUCGUCACCUUAUGCCAUAGCAUUGCUUGACCCUGAUGAUCCUGGAAGAGAAGCUAGGAGGAAAAGAUGAAUCCGGAAGCAAUUUUACUUUCCUGCAGUGUAAACUCCUGGCACCAUCUGCCCUGAACUUCAGCUGAACUCUCGCUGCCCGUGGUCACACCACUACCUCUUUAGACAAACAUAUCAAGAGUUUCUGUUUUCCUUCACCCCUUGCUCAUGUGAACAGCCAAGAACUACAGACACAGCCCACUCAUUAUCAGCAUUUCUGUCUCUGUCAAACAGUUAGUUUAUAGAUAGUCAUAAUCUUUCUUCCUUCCGGAUGGCUUCUCCUUAUAUACUGAACAAAAGAAAAAAUGUGGAGACUGAAAGGUGUGAUUUUUCAAUUUUCCUCCCAGUUACUGAAUCGCCCUCUUUUUUUUUUUUUUUUUUUUUUUGGUAAGCCUCCAUUCAUUCUCUCUCCCUCCCCCUUUCUCUUCAUGUACACUCACAGAUACCCAGGGUUGCGUUACUGUCAUGGAAUAACCUAGCACAGUCCCAGCAAAGCCGAAAUCAUGAAGGCUGCAACUAGAUUUUCGCUCUCACCUGCAAGGGCAGACCUUGCUGGGAGCCUGCGUUUGUUUUGUCCAGUCUAUGGUUUCCUGACUUCUAUGGCAGUAAGCCAAGCUGAAAAAAAUAUACUUGAUGAGAAUUUCCUCUUUCUAUAAUAUUUAUUUGAGCACCAAACAUUUUCCAUUUAUCUCAUUUAAAAGCAUUAGUUACGUUGUGUCUGGAAACCACACUCCUUCUUUGGACUGGGGGCUGAGGGCAGACGACUGAAGCUGGGUGCCAGCCUUGACAAGAGUUUAUUUUUAAACGUAACUAGUUGUCAGUAUGUAUGGUAGUCAGUAUUUUUAUGAGUAAAAUUUUUCAAAAGCGCAUUCUGUACUCUGCUUUGUAUCUGCAUUUUAUACCGCAUAAUUAUAUAACACUCAAAUAAUUUAGGCAUUAGGAUUGUUCGGCUUUGAAUGAAUUAAGUGUACCAAAAAUAAACCUAGAGCAAUUUUCAAGUAAGCAAAAGAAGUUUUGUAUUUGUUCACUUUCAUUUAUUCACUUUUUCUACUGCAAACCAAAUUUCAAUCUAAAGGAAAACAUCAGUAAAUUCAUUAUAAACCUAUCUUUUAGGAAGGUGAAAAAUUAAUCCAUACCCAAAAAUGUACUUAGUAAAAUAUUUGCCCUCAUGUUGACAAAACAUAAUAUUCUUUAUAAUGUUGAAUGAGUUUGGAAAUAUUAGUAAAAAUGUAACUUUUACAAACACC